AUGAUGUCCAUUUGGCAAUAAGCCAUCGUAGUUUUCCACAAAAACUUCACUAUUUAUUACCAAGAACGGUAAUACAGACAAGAGUUCUUCGUGGCUCUUCUUGUCUUCGUCAUCCUCCUAGUUGGAAAAGAAACUUCAAGUUCUACUCUCCUUUAAGUUGGAGCAGAAUUUUUACCCAUGACUCUCUUGAUCAGUUCAAGGUAUAUAGUCACCUCAAUGAUAUCAGAGAAGAGUGACAGAUAAAAGGAGAUCUAAAAAAUCAUGGGCUUAAAACAAUCAGCAUACUAAUUAGGUUGGUUUCUAUUCAACUUUGCAAGAAUUAUGGCUAUCUCAUUCUUCUUUCUCGUUCUGGCACUGCCCACAGGCUGCUUUGGACCUUAAGAAGAGAUAAUCUAAGGAGAUAAUGAAAUAGUGACAAUCCAUUACUUUAGUCCAAUCCAAACCAUUGGUAGCUACCUGUUAUAUGCAAUGGGAUUGACAGCAUAGCAAUAUUUCUUAACAACGUUAUUCGACCAACCUAAAAAUGGAGCUGAUGUGUCAAUGCUACUUAACAUAUUCGGGUCUGUGUGUUCAGGAUUACUCAGCAUCCCCUACUUUCAAAAUCAUUCCUGGAUUGUAAUCGUAUUUGGUAUUGUAUUUCCAACAUUUCUGUUUGAUAUUUAUCCAUACAAUCAAAUAUUAGGAAUCAUUUCUAAAGGCACUAAACCAGCCUUAGAUCCUUCUGUUUACUUUGCAUUAUAAGGAGCAGAAAUAUUUUUUUAUGGAAUUUUAUAUUUAUAUUUAGAAUAAGUUCUAUCAAACGAAUAUGGAACAAAUAAACAUCCUUUGUUUUUUAUUGGAAAAAAGUAUGAAAUUUAAGGAGAGGAUGCUUCAAAUCAAUUUGAAUUGCCCAACAUGAACAAACCUUUUAUUGGUGCAACACAAUCUGAAACCUAGGAAGACAAUAGUUCAGCCAUAUACCAUGAGGUUUUCGAUAAUCAAAAAUAAGCCAAGAGAGCAAUUUCAAUUAAAAAUGUGAAGAAAUGUUUUAAUGAUCUAAUGGCUGUGAAUGGUGUAACACUCCAAAUGUAUGAUUCGUAGAUUCUUUGCUUGUUAGGACAUAAUGGAGCUGGAAAGACUACUCUCAUUUCAAUAUUGACAGGUCUAAUUAAAAGAGAUAGUGGAGCAAUCACUUAUUAUGGAACAGACACAGAAUUUGAUGUUAUUAGAAAUUAUUUGGGAUUUUGCCCAUAGAAAGACGCUCUCUAUGAUAGUUUAAGUUGUGAUUAACAUCUCCACUAUUAUGGAAGAUUAAAAGGAAUCGAUGAGAAGGAACUUCUAAUGGAAAUAGAUUAAAUAAUCAAUAAAUGCGAUCUUACUAAUGACAGAAUGAAAUUAGCAAAAUAAUUGUCAGGAGGAACAAGAAGAAAAUUAAGUCUAGCCAUUUCAUUGAUAGGACAAUCUAAAGUUGUAUUUCUAGAUGAACCUACCUCUGGAAUGGAUCCAAUAUCAAGAUAAAAGAUUUGGGACAUUCUAAUCCAAGUUAAAAAUGAAGGCAGGUGUUUAGUACUAACCACUCAUCACUUAGAUGAGGCUGAAGUCUUAUCAGAAAGAUUGGCUAUCAUGGCCAAAGGUAAAUUGCUUACUGUUGGAUCAGUUGAUUUUAUAAAGAUGAACUUUGGAAUUGGAUACCAUUUGAGUCUAUAUGAUAAGACAAACAAUCCAUAGGUUUGGAGUGAAAAGAGUAAGACAAUCGUAAAUGUCGUUCAAAAAUUCAUUCCUCAAGCUAAACCAAGCAGUCAAACAUCUUAAGACAGCAUAGCAUUCUAGGUUCCUUUUAAACUCAAAGACAAAUUUUUACCCUUGUUUGAAUAACUAGAAAGAGAUCAAUCUAUUUAAGUUAACUUAAUGAUGAACACUCUAGAAGAAGCAUUUAUCAAUAUAGGAAUGGAUGAAGAAUCCUUCCUUAAUAAAGCAUCUGGGAAACAACUAUCAAACGAAGAUUCUAAAAUCAACAUUGACAUUACAGAUGAAUUCAAUAAAAUAAUACCACCUGAAUGUUUGAGUAGACCACCACAAUAUAAUUUUGGAUUGCAACUUUGGGCAUGUUUCAUUAAAAAGCAUUAUACUAUGACAGCCAAAAGAUAUCUAAUGUGUGUGUUUAUGCCAUCUUUUUUUGCAGUUCUAGCUCCAGUGAUUUCAAAAAUAACAUAUAAUGCAAUAGAACCAACAUUAGACCCUAUUGUAAAUAAAAAAUUGGUUUACGGUGAAAUUGCCUUAAUUGAUACUUAUAUCUACAUAUUAAUUGGAGUAUCCAUGGCUAGUUCUUAAAUUGGCAGUGCCCCUGUGGAAGAAAGAGAGAAAAAGUAGAAAUAUGCUUUAAAUGUAAUGGGAUGUAGAACAUUACCAUAUUGGUUGGGAUACUAUCUCUAUGAUAUCACUAUUUGUAUCUUUGUGCUGAUUAUAUUCAUCAUAGCAGUAAAUAUUUGUGAUGUUCAAGCACUUAACAAUGCAAAUGUCUAUGGACUUGUAUUUUGUUGUUAUUUAGCAUAUUUACCUCUUGCUUAUAUAUUGUCAUGGCUAUUUACAUAAUUUUUAUCAGCUGUUAGAUCCUUAGUUUUGCUUCAAAUAUUUGGAUUCUUUUUGAUUGCCUCCGUAAUUUACGUUUUAUGUUUUAAAUUCGGGGCUAUCCUUUGGAUUUUAUCAUUCUUGUGUCCUUCAUUAGCUACAUUUAGUGGAUUCAUAACUGUGUAUAAUAAAAUAGCAGAAGAUACUAAUGAAAAUGAUAUAAGUUCACCAUUCUAAAAAGCUUAUUCUUUUAUUUUUAUGAUUAUCAUGAUCUUUUAAGCUUGUCUCUACUUUUUCAUCACAUACUUAAUAGAUAAUAGAGAACUCUUGGCUGCCAAAUCUGGAGGGGCUUUAAGUGUUAAUUAGGAUGAGGAUGUUAUUCAAGAGGAAAAAAGAGUUGAGAACCAAAUUAGCUAAGAUAGAAUAAUUGCCAAGAAAAUAUCUAAAACUUAUGCUAAUGGAUUUCAAGCAGUAAAGGGCACUUCAUUUGGAAUAGAACCUGGAUAAAUAUUUGGAUUAUUGGGCCCCAAUGGUGCUGGUAAGUCAACCACAUUCAAUAUGAUUACCUCUAAAUUAAAGCCAUCUACAGGGACUAUAUUAUUAGAAAAUUAGGAAGUUAAAAAAGGGUUGGGGGAUGUGUAUUAGAAUGUUGGAAUUUGUCCUUAAUUUGAUAGUCUUUACGAUAUAGUGAAUGUUAGAAGACAUCUAUAAAUUUGGGCUUAUCUCAAGGGUUUGAGAGGAGAUGAAGUGAAUUAGACAAUAGAAUACUUUAUGAAAGUGAUGCAAUUGACAGCUUAUGAAAAUACAUUAGCCUCAUAGUUGAGUGGAGGUAAUAAAAGGAAAUUAUGUGUUGCUUUGGCUUUGAUGGGUGGAACCAAUAUGUAAUUUUUUGAUGAACCGUCAUCUGGAGUGGACCCAAUUGCAAGAAGAUUUUUAUGGAAUGCCAUACAAUAAGGAGUCAAGUUAAGGUAGAGUUCUGUUAUUUUAACCACUCACACUAUGGAUGAGGCUGAAAGUCUUUGUAAUAAGAUUGCAAUCUAAGUUAAUGGCAGAUUUGCAUGUCUAGGAUCAGUUCAACAUUUGAGAGCCAAAUUUGGAGAUGGAUAUCGAGUGGUGAUUGAACCAACAAAUAAUAUGGACAAAGCAGAGUUAAUUGCUUAGGAGAUCACAAAGUAUUUUGGGAAUAUCUACAUAAUGAAUGAUACCCACACGGGCAAAAUAAUUUGUAAAUUCCCUUUGAAAGGUUUCCAAUUCCAUUAGACUUUUUAUUUCUUUUAAGAAAAAUUACAAAAGGAAUUCAAUUUGAUUAAGGAUUUCUAAAUAAGCCAACCUAAUUUGGAAUAGAUCUUUAUGUAAUUUGCUGCAUAAUAAAUCAUGGAGCCUGAAGUUGAAAAAUAAGCACCCCCCAGUCGUUUCCAUGUAGUUGCAUUGUGCGGUAACGAUGAGGAUGAUUGA